UUUUGAAACACCAAAACAAACCCACAACAGGAAAAAAAAAAGUGUAUUUGGAAAAAUAUUUGAUUUUGAACAAGAUCAUUAGAUUUCAAAGCCGUAUAAAGUUUUUGUUUCUUGAAUUCCAUGGUCGAUUAGAUUGAUCUUCCAAUUGUCAAAGCAACACAGUUUUGUUGGCAUAUAUGCACGAGGAAUUGGAUCAGGUUGGUUAAUCAUCAGCCUAUGAAUAUGAUAACUUUCGUAACGUCAAUUCCAGGGAAAAAAAUAUACGUAGCAUUAGCGAAGCAUUUGUUAUGUAAUGCAUGUAAAAUAAUUUAUUUUCCAUCGAGUAUUUCUAUGAACUUAGUUGUGUUUCAUUUUCAUAACACCGGAGCCUGUCUGAUUAUUGUGAGUUUUGGUUGAAUUUGUAGACAUUGCAAAAUUAAGGGCGCUUUUGGCAUUUAGCGGUCAGCGUUAGCAGAUGGUGGAUUAUAUUAGCGAAAUGAGUUGGGAGGUUAUCAGAACAUGUUUGUUAAAAGUUCAUCUUGUGGAAUGUGAAUUCUGCAGUUGGUAGCCUAGUACAGCAGUUGUUAUAUGCAAGUGUUAAAAUGUUUGGGUUCAGCAUAAGAACAAGACAGAAUAAUGCAUCUGCAUCUCCAAGAACAACAGACUCACCAAGGGUCACUGCUGGUUCACCAGCCUCUGCUGGUUCACCAAGACAUAUGGGCACCCCAGGGACCAAAGGCUCCCCUAAACAAGUUGAGGUUGGGGAGAUUGACACAAGUGCCCCUUUUCAAUCCGUCAAAGCUGCUGUUAGUUUAUUUCGUGAAGCUGGUGCUUCCCCUAUGUCACAGCCUGCCACAAUCAAGAAAUCCGCAAAAACUCUCGAAGAGCGAGUUUUGGUGAAGGAAACUCAGCUUCACUUGAUAAUGAAAGAGCUGGACGGGUUGAAAGAGCAGCUUAGAAACACAGAAGCCACAAAACUGCAAGCUCUCCGGGACCUAGAAAAGGCCAAGAGAACGCUCCACGAUCUCACCAGCAAACUAGAAACCGUCUGCGAGGCAAAGCAGGCUGCCAUCGAGUCAACGGAAGCCGCUAAAGUUAAAGCGAAAGAGCUCGAAAUGCAGAAAUCUAGCAAACCUGCUGCCAUCUCUGGAGACGAUGCCUGGAAACUUCAUGUCGACAGCGAGAGAGAACAGUACAAGGCCUCAGCCGGGGAACUCAACUCUGCCAAACAAGAGCUGGCCAAUCUAAGACAAGACUUUGACGCGGUUUUGGAAGCUAAACUCUCGGCAUUCCAAGAAGCCGCUGACGCUCACCACUUAACUGCGGUCAACCGGGAGAGGGCGAACGAGUUUGCAAAAGAGGUCUCAGCUCUGCGUGAAACGUUAGCUCAGGUGAAACUCGCUCCUCUCCAGGCCCAAGAAGAGAACGCAAAGUUAAACGCAGAGAAAGAAUCCCACCUGCAUAGUCUGAAAAUGGCCAAGGAAGAGGCAGACAGGAAACUGAGCAUCCUGAGAGAAGAAGCAGAUCCUGCAGUGAACAAAAGUCUGGCAGAGAAGCUUGAAGAAACAAACGCCAUGAUCGAGGUUCUCCGAGAACAGCUAAACAACGUCAAGGUUUCAGACAACACAGCAUGGAGAGAAGUGAGCGCCCAGAAGGAGAAUGCUGAGAGAGCUUUGCAAGAGAUUCGUGCAGAGGAAGAAUCUUUAAAGAGUCUUGUGGAUUCUCUCAGGGAAGAGCUGGAAAACGUGAAUAAACUCCGGGCUGAGUUGAGAAACAAGGCGGAGGAAACAGAUUCUCUGGCGGAGAGAUUGCGGGUGGAGCUUGACAGAAACAAGAAGGAGCUUGAAGCAACUAUCGCAGGAAUUACAAAGCAAGAGGAGGAAAUAAAUGCAAAAAUCCAAGAACUGUCCUUAGAGGCAGACCGGGCAACUAGGGAAGCCGAGGAUAUGAAAAAGAGCGCAGACAUUUUCAAACAAGAAGCAGAAGCUGCCCGAAUCGCGACUCGGGCAGCAGAAGAGAAGCUGGAGGUUGCUCUAAAAGAAGCAGAGGAAGCAAAAGUAGCACAGAGAGUCGCAGACUAUAAAAUCCACAAUGCAUCAAGAAAGUUUACCGCCUGUAAUGGAGAAGAAGAUCAGGCUGCUGCUGCUAAUAUAUCAGAGCCUCCAAAUGGAGGGAUCAAGCUGUCAAAUGAGGAAUACCAAUCUCUGUGCCACAAAGCAGAAAAGCUUAAAACCGAGGCCGAUAUAAAGGUGGCAACGGUAAUGGCCCAAGUGGAGAGCAUCAAUAGGAGCGAGAAGGAAUUGGUGAAGAAAGUGGAAGAGAGGAUGAGGGAGGCUGAGGAGGUGGAAGCUGCAACCAGAGAUGCAGUGAAGAGGGCAGAAGUAGAUGAGGCUGCCAAACUAGUCGUUGAAGGGGAGUUGCUCAGGUGGCGUCAUGAAGAGGGUAAUCAUCUCGUAGCAGAGGAGACUCUGAUUGAAGGACGUUAAAAAAUCAAAAUCAUAGAGAUAUGAAAGAUAUCUAUUACUGUACAGUAUCUUUCUGUUGUGCAUAGUUAGUUUAGCAUACCUGUUUGUAUGAACACAACCAUUUGUGCUACAUAAUACAUGUAAGGACAUUUAAUAGCGUCAUUUGGUAAAAAAGCCUUUGUUAAGGUGUCAUCAAUGAAAUAACAAUAUCAA